UUAAUGCCCACUGAAAAAGACAACGUUGAAAUUCGUUUAUUAUUGUUUGGUAAAGCUCGAGAUAUCGUCGGAUUAGAAUUAUUAAAAGAAGAAAUACCUAGAAUUAUUACUGUAAAGGAUCUCUACAAAAUUGUUUUUGAAAAGGCAAUUUGCCCUCCUCUAUUAUCUAUAAAGAAUUCAUGUAUUUUAGCUGUUGAUCACAAAUACUUGAACAUUUGUAAUGAAGAGGAAAUUGUAUUAAAUGAAAAUUCGGAAAUAGCAAUUAUUCCUCCAAUUUCUGGUGGAUAA